CUCUCAGACAGAAACCUGCUUCUUUGACUCGACUGCUGAGUGGAAACAUGUCUGCCCUGGACGUGAAGGAUUUUAUUCAACAAAAUAGAGCUUUGGCAGAGCAGAUAGAAACGUUUCGAGGCUACUGGGAGAGUGACAAACACUGGGAGGCGCGGAGGGAGUUCAUCCUACGGAACAUCAACGACUUUGAGUUCCCGCAGCUGGACCAGCUCCUAUCUAUGUCCAUGGUCUGGGCCAACAACGUCUUCCUCGGCUGUCGCUACAGUGCUGAGCUCUUGGACAAAGUAAAGGAAAUGGCAGAGGGCAUCGUAGUGGAGGAUGCGCCAGUUUUCAAGACAAGAGAUGAGAUUGUUAAGAAGCAGCAGGGCCGAUAAUGUGCUCAGAUCACCAACUCAUCACUAAUCCGUCGUCAAAUGAACAGACUGCUUUGAAUGUACUGGAUGAUGGUUUUACAGUCUUUAGUCAUCGACAGCAACCCCAGUACAGCGAUGCUUCUCUGGAGGACCAUUUCCUCAGGAUUUUUACAUUUUAAGGACUUUUGUGUAGUUGUUUUUCUACUUUUUUUAUGAACUACAGUGAAGAUGAGGCUGAAUCUUGCCAGAAUUAAGAAACACCAUCUCCCGUAGACAGAAUAGGGUCAUUCCAUGGCAAUUCAACCAAUAGAUUUCCAGUUCUGGGAAAUCUAUAAUUAUUCUGUCUGAACCAUCAUGCAGUUCCACACCCUAGUUCAAAUAUCUCCAGUAUUAUCAUAACUU